AUGCGUGUCACCUCGAUCAUCCUUGCCGCCGGCUUCGCCCUGUUCGCGAACGCCCAGUCGAGCACUGAGGGCAAUGCGCCCUCGACCACGACCGACGCGGCCUCGGCGGCCCAGAGCUCUCUCCAGGCUGAGAUGAUCAAAUGCCUUGACGCUUGCCAGGCCGGCGACGUUUCUUGCACAUCCAAGUGCAUCGCCGUUCCCAACCCGAACGAAUCUCAGGUCAACGCCACCAACACCUGCGUUGCCGCUUGUCCCAAGGGCAACGGCACCGAGGCCGACAUCAACGCCUACUCGUCAUGCGUUUCGGGCUGCAUCGCGUCGAACUACUACACCUCUAGCGUCGGUACCCCCCAGCCGACGGGCAGCUCGGGUAACGGCAAUGGCAACGGAAGCGGCAACAACAACAACGGGGGCAGCAGCAGCGCCGGCGGUGACAGCAACAGCAACGGCGGCGCCACGGGCACUGGAACCAGGAACUCCCAGGCCUCUGGCACAGCGACCGGCGCGGCCUCUUCGGCCACCUCGGUGGGCGCUGCUCCUACCGCUGGGUUGAUGGGUGUUGGCUCCGCCGUGGUGGGCGCUGCUGGGUUUUUAGCUGCUGUUAUGGCUCUUUAA